UCAUGAUAUCUUGGGACAUCUCAUGUGUUACACAUGAUAACUUGUGAUAACAGCCGACUUGAUGCGGCCGCCAUUUAGAAUUACUGAAACAGACUGCCCGAUACAGCCAAUCAUAAUGUGCCGUUAAGCCAGCAAACAGGAAGUUGGGUUGUAUCUCAACAAAUAUUUGAUGGAUUCACACCAAACUUUCUGCAUGUACUCGGAACCCUGUUAUGAGGAUGUUUUCUGUGGCAUUUGACUGCUUGGCCACCUCGGCUAAUGAAACUGCUUAGUGGCUAAUGAAACUGCUUAGUGGCUAGUAACUUUGGAAAACCACUAGCCACGGUGGCUGGUGAGCAAAAAUGUUCAUGUCAAGCACUGCAUGGCGCUCUCUGCGUCUGCAGCUCCACCUGUCAUUUAUUUUCCUUCCUGUAUUGUAAUGACAUGGUCUGUCAACAAAUUACAGUACAAGUGGUAAAAGUGUAAAUGUGAAUCUUGUCCAGUCUCUGGCAAUCAAACUCCUACAUACACUAAGGUGUAACCUACAAUUUACAAUAAUUGUCAUCAAAAAGUUAGCCAUAGUUUACAUCAGAACAUCCAUCCAGAGUACACUGUUAUAUUGACAACAUGACUAAGCAAUUUGACUGUCUGAUCCAUACACAAUGACACAAGGACUUGUCGUUCUGAUGGCACUGACAUGUUCAUUGACACAGAUAUUUACUUUUGAGAGAUGAAGUAAGGAUUUUGAGCAAGAGGCUUGCAGGAGUUUGAGCAAGAGGUUUGCAGGUUAUCCAUGGUGUUUUGCUAUUUGUACGAAUUGUUUUGAUCAUAAAACAUGGUCUCACUGUAUUUCUCUGUUAAGCAUUACAGUGCCAGCACAAACAUGAAUGUCAGAGUUUUUUGCUAAAUGAAGAAUAGUUGUUUGUUGUUAGUCAUUUGUAUUGCAGCCAAUAUGUUCACCGAAAUCAUUCAGUUUAAUAUAGAGAAAUACAGUGAGACUUUGAACUAUUUUAUUUGUUUAUCUUGACUCUUGUUUGAGCUCAAUGAGCAAAACAAUUAAAGGACAACAGCCUCUCCUGCCUCCUCUCUGGGACUCACACAGUUCAACAUUAAUAUCUACAGCCGGUAUCAGCUGCCAUCUGGGAGUUUAAAUACAGUCAAAGAUAUUUGUCUUUUCCAUGAAAUUCAAGCAUGUUAAUAAACGUUACAUGUCUGGCUCUUGAUGUGAUUCUUAUUUUCAAGAGUGGCCCUUAGUGAAGUUGAGAUUGACACCCCUGGUGUAAACUAAAUUAACCCACAGACCGUUAUCAGCAGUGUGUCAAAGAGAUCAAAAUAACUUUUCAGGGGACUUAAAACAAGAACUGUUUCUAACAUCGGGGGGUUAAAGAGAGACAGUUAGAGACAGACAGAGACAGAUGAAGUGCAGAGUUGUUUAUCAGCGGUGUGUCAGAGAGUUGUCUUUACAUGGCAAACUUCAGCGUCUGCAGCUCCACCUAUCAGGAGGUGGGGCCCAUCAGCUUCCUUUAAAAAUGACUGCUUCUGACCUGUCGGGUUAAAGAGAUCAGGAGCUUCCUCCCAGACUCAACAACCGCAGUCGUCAGAGACCGCCAUCACAUCCAGCAACCAUCCAGCCAGCUGACCAAUCACAGCAGGCAGACGUUUCUGGGCCAGCGUCCAGCUCUCCGAGCCUCUCCAGUCAUGGCGUCCCAUCGGCUGUCUGCCUCCAUGCUGUUGGCUUCAUUGAUCCUUCUCUACUGGACGACAUCCUCAGCUCAGUCACAUGAUCCCGCCUCCUCCGUCGUCUCACCAUCCGACAGGGUGAAGAGAGACCUGACUUUCGAAACCAGAGAAAAAGUGGAUAGAUCUUUAGCGGUGGCAAACAGCUUCCUCACUGUCGUCAAAGAAAGUUUUGAAUUGAUUGAAAAGAUUGAUACCAAAAAGUUGUCAGAUGUGAUGAAAAGUCUCGCCAACGUCGCCAGCUUGGCGCCCGGCAUCGGAGGUUUGGUUGCCUCUUUUGUCAACAUGGUCUUGGUCUUCAUCCCUCAGGAUGACCCAGUGCUGAUCGAGGUGCAGAAAGGGUUUGCUGAAGUAAACAGGAAGUUAGACUCUAUCUCCAUCCAGAUCUCGAACCUGGCAACAAACGUGGAAUGGUAUAACUACGCCAGCAUCUACUCUCAAGACGAGAUCCGCAUCCUCAACUCCUGGAAGAAGUUCAAUGAGUUUCUUUCGAACACUAACUCGGUACAAAGUGAUGAGGACAAACUCAGACUGGCAAAGGUAUUCGUCAAGUACUAUGAGAACACAGGAACUGAGGCCAGUGUGGCCAACCUCUACCAUUACCUGACGGUCAAAGACACAUUUCUCAGUGGAAACCUCAACGAACUGAUGAUAAAGAAGUUUAAAUGUGACGUUCAAGAGAUCGGCAGAUAUAACGUCUAUUUCAGUCGUUUACUUUGGCAAGGGAUGGUGCUGACCCAGUUCUACUGGAAACUGAUCGGUUUGGAUUCGUCAGGCAAAGAAGCCGAACACAGCCAGAUGUUCAAGAGUGUCAGCAGAGCUCAGAUAUCAGCUCUGGAUUACUGUCUGGACAACCACAUGCAGUAUGUGAAGGCAGAUGUGGUAGAGAUCAGCAAAGGACUCAGUGCUGACAACAUAAAAGCCAUUGCUGAUAAAGUUAAAAACGCUCUGGAUAACAAGUACAUCUGGUACAACUGGGUGGUGCUGGUGUACAACACAAACCAGGCUGAGAAUUACAUACUAUAUAACCUGAUUAAGAUUACAGAGGACACGAUCACCGUCGCUGUGGGAUACACUCUGAAAACAAAAACAAUUGAUGAAACACCUGUUAAAGAAACAGCCAAUGAUUGCUUUAAAGACAAAUCGUGUGAAAUUAAGGACAAAGUACAUGAGUGUAGGUAUACUUGGUCUCAUCCACAUGAUAAUGCGGGUACACAGUAUCAUUACACCUUUACUGAAUAUGCUAAAGCGACACAUGCUGCGUAUGGGGAAGACUUUGCUGUGGCUCCAGCACCCUUUCACCAACAUGACUGUUGGUGGGGUAGCUAUACAAGAAAGAUUUACAUCUAUUACUCCCAGACGUUGCCUGUCUGCCAAAGAGAAACAUGUAGCAACAAUGGAAAGUGCAAGGGGCUGAUGGACUCCAAUGAAUGGAUGUGUGACUGUUGGGAGGGUUACUAUGGUGAGAGAUGUGAAAAUAGAACCCCCAGUGACACCGCUACAGUGGUCGAUAUACAAGUUGUACCUGACAUCAGCACCAUUGACACCAGAAUAAAAAGUAUGGAGGUCAAACUCAAGGAGAUUCUCGACUUUAUCAAGCUCAAAUGUCGUGACUAGUAGGAGAUAUCUGCAGACCGCUGAUGGACGACAGGAAAAACGACUUCCAGCCAAUAGACAAACUAAACACAUAUCAACUGACUGAGCAUCUGAGAAUGGCACUGUGAAGGAAGAAACAAUGAACCAAGAACAAAUAUAAUCCACAGAUGAGGCUUGACGUAAUGAUCAUUAAGGCUUGGUAUUGUUACCAAAUAACCUUUGAAUUAUCGACCAAAAUAGAAGUUCAGAGUAAUAUAACUCAUUCAGUCAAACAAUUCAUGCAUUCAAUUAUUUUUUUACCCCAAUCUAUAGAAAAGUUGUUAUUUGUACGGUUUUGCCUGCAACCAUUCACCGCGAGCAGCGACACCCCAUAGCGUCUCAGCGCCGUGUAUUUAAUGGAAUUGGCGGUUUAGAUUUCAAAUGAAGUACUCUAUAUAAGGACUUCAAACAGUUAAACAGCAAUUUUUUACAAGGUUUUUAAAUGGUGGCUACAGUUUUUAGAUAUUUUAAAAGUGUUUUUAAAGUUUUGUUGAUAGGUGUUGAGGUCGACAUAGAAAUUAGUAUCUUCCUCCAGAUAAUCCACGGCAAAAAUAAAUUAUCCUCAAGCAUACAAUUCAUGAGUUAACAACUGAAAUGUGAAAGUAGUUGUUGUAGUGCCACAUGUGAUCAGUUGAUGUCGUGUUUAUUGUCUGAUGUUCAAUAAAUUUGUCUGUCUGUCAGAAAAUAA